AUGGUGAAAUUCUACAGCUCAAACUACUCCUACGACUACUCCUUCCCAGCAGUGUCGCUCGCCUACUUCCUGCGAUACCCAAAUCCAUACAGUCGCCAUGUGAGCAGCACCGACACUAUCUCGCGGUCGUUCGACCCGGUGACACAACGUCUGACGACCGUCCGCCUGCAUCUCAAGCGCAGUCGAUUGCCACCUGCUGUGCUGAAGUUCUUGCCGAAGAGCUCAUCGAAAAGCGAUAGUGCGGAUGGCAGAGCGGAGAGCUUUAUCCUAGAGACGAGUGUCGUGGAUGUGAGGCAAGGCUGGAUGGAAGCGGAGAGCAGGAAUCUGGACUGGAACAAUGUGCUUUCGGUUAUUGAACGGCAUACGUAUAGCCGACCUGCUUUCGAUGCUGCGCUCGGGGAUAUACAAAACGAUGACCAUACGGAUGUCAACGUAUCUGUGACGCUCAAGAGUCGCAUUGGAGAGCAGUUGCGGAAACGACGGCAGAGAUGGGGCGAACAGGCUACGGCGACUUCGGUGGCUGGAGGUGCGGAGGAAGAGCCAGUGAAACAAGGCUGGUUUGCUUCUUGGUCAUCUAGUGCUGUUCGAUCAGCUGUCGAGUCCAUUUCGUUGCAGCGAACCGAAAGGAGUCAACCAAAGGCUCAGCAGGGCAUGUCGGUGGUCCUCUCACGACUUCGACAUGGAGGCAUUCAGGAGGUCUUGGAAGGUAUGAAGGCUGAUCGAGAGGUGGUGGUGUGA